AUGGCGGAUGCGGACUCUCUGCAUGACAUGAGCUCGGACUUAGAUCAAGAUCCAAGUGCUGUAGACGCUGACGUUGACGACGAUGAAGUGUCUGAACAAGGACUGGAAGCUGCAUCUAGAAAGAAAAAUAAGAAAUUUCUUAAGAAAAGAAAACACAAAGAUAUCGAAAGGUCAAGUGGUGACUCCGACAGUCAAAUAGUUAAUGAUGAUGAAGACCAUGGUGUAAGGGUUCCCAUGCUCCACGAUCAGAAUGAACAAAACCAGUCUGGGAUGGAGGCUGAUUCAGAGAGUCAGGGUUCUGGAUCCAAGGGAUCUGAAAAUGGACAGAAAAAAGAAGUUGGAGCUUCAGGUCCACUCACAGAGGAUGCACCAGAAACAUCAUCUUUAUCAGGAUUACAGAGGAUUCAGAAAGCUGUUGAGCUCCUCUCAAUGGCACCAGCGGCACCCAAAAGUAUGGAGGAGGCAUCCAAAAAGCGUUAUCAGUUCUGGGAGACUCAGCCAGUACCAAAAAUUAAUGAGAAGAUCCAGACAACAGUAAAUGAAGCUAUAGAACCAGACAAACCUGUUGAAGAGAUCCGCAGUGAACCAUACUCUCUCCCCGGAGGCUUUCGAUGGGAUACCCUAGACUUGUGUGACCCCCUCAUUCUGAAGGAGCUGUACACUCUGCUGAAUGAAAACUAUGUUGAGGAUGAUGACAACAUGUUUCGGUUUGAUUAUUCUCCAGAAUUCUUACAAUGGGCACUUCAGCCUCCUGGAUGGUGUAAAGACUGGCAUUGUGGGGUGAGAGUGAUAAAGAAUGACAAGCUGUGUGGGUUCAUUAGUGCUGUCCCAGCACACAUCAAGAUGUAUGACAAAUCAAAACAAAUGGUAGAAAUCAAUUUCCUGUGUGUUCACAAGCGAUUACGAUCAAAGCGUGUGGCUCCAGUGUUGAUACGAGAGAUAACUAGACGUGUCAACCAGAAGGGACUUUUCCAGGCAGUUUAUACUGCAGGAGUGGUUCUACCAAAACCAGUGGCAUGUUGUAGAUAUUGGCACAGAUCUUUAAAUCCUAGGAAAUUAAUUGAAGUGAAGUUUUCACACCUAAGUAGAAAUAUGACUAUGCAGCGGACCCUCAAGUUAUACAAACUACCCGAUACACCAAAAACGCCUGGAUUUAGGGAGUUUACUCCAGCAGAUAUUCAGGAUGUUCACACUUUACUGGCUGCAUAUUUACAAGGUCUAGACUUAUCACCAAUAUUUUCUAUGGAGGAAUUCAAGCACUGGUUUAUACCCAGGCCAGGAAUCAUUGAUAGCUAUGUGGUGGAGAAAGAGGGAACUGUCACAGACUUUGUCAGCUUCUACACACUACCAUCAACUGUGAUGCACCAUCCCACACACAAGUAUCUGAAGGCGGCCUACUCCUUUUACAAUGUCAGCACAAAGACACCCUGGAACGAUCUGAUGCAGGAUGCUCUUAUUGUAGCCAAGAGAAUGGGAUUUGAUGUAUUUAAUGCCUUAGAUUUAAUGGACAACAAAGAAUUCCUGGAGAAGCUUAAGUUUGGCAUUGGUGAUGGAAACCUACAGUAUUACCUGUACAACUGGAGGUGUGCCCAAAUGAAUCCAGAGCAGGUGGGUUUAGUGCUACACUGAUGAAAUAGGGACAACUUCUGUUUGACAAAAACUUCCUGGAGUCUGUUGGACAUCUGUAUGAAGUGUGUUGGUACAGAAGGAUACACAGCACGCCACAUCAAACCAGUGUUUUAUCACAGUACACAGACUCUACAGUGUGCUGUGUUUGAGGUCAAAGAAACUCAUCUGUUGGUUGUGUAGAACAAAACCGAACAAUAUAACAGAACAAUUUGGUUACUGAUAAUGAAUAUUCCUUUAUAUCUUUAUAUAUUGGAAGGAUCUGAUUGUGCUUUGCCAAGUUGGAUGAAUGACAUUACUAAUGAUAUGGAUGAUUUUCAUUUUCUAAGAAACCCAUAUAAGACUGGCAUUUGUUAUUAAUUAUGAGUUUUAUUUUAUUUGAGGGUAUGUAAGAGGGGUCAGCAAGACUCUGGAGUAGUUCUGCAAAUGACCUUUGUCUUAGAAGUCCAUCUUUUAUUUUCCAUGUUUAUUCUGCAUUUCUACAAGACAAGUAACACUUUGAACACAUUGAGGUCACAUCAGCAUGCUGGUAUUACAUGAUCUAGACUAGUGUACAAUAACACUUCCAAGUACUAAGACACAAGGAUCAGCACCUGUUACAGGUAACCAUGUUAGUUCUUCCUAAAGAAAUUAUUUUCAUGAAUAUAAGGGAAAGUAUUACAGAAUUUUUAUAAAGCUUCUAUUCAAUGCCAUCAGAGGCAAAGCAAUGUCGUUUAUGUGUAGCAGUAGUAUAGCAUGGUAUUUUGAGGUUAUUUAGGGACAAAAAAUUAGGCUAUCUGAAGAAAUUUCUACAUAUUGCUAUGAUGGUUAAUUUUGAAGAUUAGGAUUUUCAAGUAAUCAAAACCCAUUAAGAAUUUCUUUAUCACUUUAUCUGUUUUGUUUUCAAAGUAUAUAUUAAUGACAAUUUUACGCUUUCUUCCAUCCUUGAAAAUAGCCAAAAACAUAGAACCAUUGAAAGAAUGAAAUUUUACCUAUUAUUGAUAGACUGGGGAACCAGUGCCAUGUUCUCUGUGAUACUGUUAUUGUGGGUGGGUUGGAAAAAACAGACACUGUGGUGUGGCAAGGAAUAUAGCUAAGUAGAUAUUUAUUGAAUAGAUGUACAUCAAUUUUUUCAUGAAUGUAUACUUUAAAGGAGAACACAAAUGCCAGAAGGAUUGUGAGCAUAUCACAUCUUUUUAGUCAGUCAUUUUGUGUCCUGUGACUUUAUCCUUUAUCUCAAAUAUCAUAUUUACUAUUAGCAUUUUUCCCAUGGUCCUAGUGACUUGGGUAUUACAAUAUUUGAUUUGCCUUGAUUAGUAGCACUGUUAGAAAACAAGGAUAAAUGUUGAGAGAAAGCACACAAUUAGUAUGGAUCUGCAGACAGAUCAUCUGUCUUAUGUUGCCCAUCAGUCUGGCAUCAUUAGAUCAAUUAUGUUGUCUGUGUGAUAAUCUGACGUCGGAUGAGAGGUUGGUGUUGUCUCAGAGAAUGUAGAGAUUUGUACUGUUGCAAUAAGUUUGGUGCAUGUUUUAUUGUAUAAGUGGGAAUGAUGUAAUAAUUAACAAGUGAACAUGGACAUUACUAGUCUAGGCAGUAAGAUCUCAGGAGUAGUGAUUUGAAGAAUAUAAAUGACAAAUUGGAGUGGUGUGACUGAAAAUUGAUGUCAAAGAUUUAUGU